CGCAUUUUUUUUUUCAUCGUGAGCCGGUCAAGAUGGCGGCGGUAUUGCCGAGACGGAGCAGCCGCUCGGCUUAACCGAUCAUUUUCUCUAAUUCACCGGCGCAGAUUGGAUUCAAAUCGACCAAAUCGUGCCGCGCAACUGUGUGAAAACAACCGCAGCCCGCGAUAUCCAUCGUGAGAUCCUGUCGCGUUAAACCUGAUGUUUUUUUCACGGAGAAUGCCCUUACUCUAGUUUAUAUGUCUCGUCCAUUAGCUGUAUUGGGGAGAAUGGGAGAAAAGCUGGAGUUAAAACUGAAGUCGCCGGUCGGAGCCGAGGCUGCAGGCUACCCGUGGCCCUUACCUGUAUAUGAUAAACAUCAUGAUGCUGCACAUGAAAUCAUCGAAACCAUUCGCUGGGUGUGUGAAGAGAUCCCAGAUCUUAAGCUGGCCAUGGAGAACUACGUUCUUAUCGACUACGACACCAAGUGCUUUGAGAGUAUGCAGAGACUGUGUGAUAAGUACAACAGAGCCAUUGACAGCAUUCACCAACUGUGGAAAGGGACCACCCAACCCAUGAAACUGAACAAGAGGCCUUCCAACGGUCUGCUGCGUCACAUCCUGCAGCAGGUCUACAACCACUCCGUCACCGACCCAGAGAAACUCAACAACUACGAGCCGUUCUCUCCUGAGGUGUACGGAGAGACCUCUUUUGACCUGGUGGCUCAGAUCAUUGAUGAGAUGGAGAUGAUGGAAGAGGACACCUUUGUGGAUCUGGGCAGUGGAGUUGGUCAGGUAGUCCUGCAAGUCGCUGCAGCCACCAACUGUAAACACUACUUCGGCGUGGAGAAAGCAGACACUCCAGCAACAUAUGCCGAGUCAAUGGACAGGGAGUUUAAGAGAUGGAUGAAGUGGUAUGGCAAAAAACAUGGCGAGUACACGCUGGAAAGGGGAGAUUUCCUUUCAGAAGAAUGGAAGGAACGAAUAGCCAACACAAGUGUUAUUUUUGUGAAUAACUUUGCCUUUGGUCCUGAGGUGGACCACCAGCUGAAGGAACGGUUCGCUAACAUGAAGGAAGGUGGAAAAAUUGUAUCCUCAAAACCAUUUGCACCUCUUAACUUCAGAAUAAACAGUCGAAACUUGAGUGAUAUUGGCACAAUAAUGAGGGUAGUUGAGCUGUCCCCUCUGAGGGGAUCAGUGUCAUGGACGGGGAAGCCAGUGUCGUACUAUCUGCAUACAAUAGACCGCACCAUACUUGAAAACUAUUUUUCUAGUCUCAAAAAUCCUAAACUCAGGGAGGAGCAGGAGGCAGCCAGAAGACGCCAGCCGAAGGACAGUAAGGAGAAUAAGAGCAACACCACCACCCCAACCAAGCCCAAGGAGCACAAGACACAGCGUGACUCUGGUGGUGAGGAGGAGCGCUCAAACUCACUUGUGACAGUGAAACCGUCACCGAAACCCCGCCGGGCCAAACUGCUGCCCAGGGGCCGCAAGCUAGGCAACAGGAAGCGUGGGCGGCCUAAGAAAGCUGCUGCCGCCACUGCAGCCGAGCGCAAGAGCAAGAAGAACCAGAGCGCCCUUGAUCUGCUGCACGCUAAGACCCUCUCAGCGGCCCCCGCUCAGGAUGCAUACAGGUCACCUCAGAGUCCGUUCUAUCAGCUACCUCCCAAAGUACAGCAUUAUACAUCAAGCCAGCUUCUCAUGGGCCCCACUCCACCAGACCUGCAGGCUCUUCUCGAUAAUAUGAAAGUCCAGUACCUGCAGUUCAUGGCCUACAUGAAGACACCACAGUACCGUACCAGCCUGCAGCAAGCCCUCGAGCAGGAAAAGCUGAGACACACAGAACUGUCCGGUCAAGCACAGCAGCUGCUCAGUGCUUGUAAUUCCCAUAAGGAGAGGAUCCGAGACCUUUUCCAGUCCAAACUGGAGGAGCUGGGCUUGAAGGCGGUGACUGUGGAAGACCUAGUACAAGCUCAGAAGGAGAUCACAGCCCACAACCUCCAGCUGAGGGAGCAGACCAAACAGCUGGAGAGGGACAUGGGAGAGCUCCGAGACCAGAGCCUGGUGCUGCUGAAGGCUCGGUGUGAGGAGCUCAAGCUGGACUGGGGAUCUCUGUGUUUGGAGACGCUUUUGAAAGAGAAAGCGGCUCUGCGAAGACAGAUCUCGGAGAAACAGCGUCACUGUCUGGAGCUCCAGAUCAGCAUCGUUGAACUAGAGAAGAGCCAGAGGCAGCAGGAGCUCCUGCAGCUCAAGUCUUACAACCCGUGUGAGGAGUCCCCCUACCAAAAGGCCCUCCCCGGCCCAGAUCCCCGGCCAACACUGGAUUCCAACACCCCCAAACUCAACCCUCAAGCUUCUGUGAGGCUCAACGGCCUCAGCCCUGAGCUAUCUAUCAAUGGUACGGCCUCGCCGGGUUAUGAGAGAGGCAGUGGAAUGGGCAAAAACGAGCUCCUGACUCGCUAUCUGCCUAUAUCCCCUGACCACGAAAUUGUGCCGCCCACCCCAGACUCAAGAACCAGGCAGCUAGGGCAACCCCUGCCUGACUACACCCGCUUUUCUCCUGCCAAGAUCGCCCUACGCAGGCACCUCAACCAAGAUUCGGCUGCCAAUCAAUUUAGAGCCCUUGGCAACAUCCACCGGUGUGACAAUGGUGCUGUAUCAUCUCCAACUCUGGGAUUAAAACAGUCUUGCUCCUCACCCAGUUCAACUGAUAUUCUAUCAACCACAACACAAAAGAGCCCAGCUGUCCCCGGCGACACUAUAACCAGUCUACCAAUCAGCAUCCCCCUCAGCACUGUGCAUCCAAGCAAACUUCCUGUCAGCAUCCCACUGGCCAGCGUGGUGCUGCCGAACCGUGCAGAAAGACUGAGGAGCACUCCUAGUCCAGUUUCAAAUCCAGCAGGACAGAGCAAUGGCAAGCCACCUCUCACGCCUACCUCAGGGUACUCCUCCAGCUCAGGAUUGGUGAAUGGCUCUCACACCGCCAUGCUGACCGAGGAUCAAGACUGUGACGCUGCCUCCCCUCUUCCUCACAGCACUCCCAUCAUGGGCCUCCAGCCUCGCUGCUCUGGCCUCAGUCCUGCACUGGGCACUGGGGGCGUGCUGCAGUAUGCCGACGGCCCACCGAGGCUUCCACCCGAGGAUGGCCAUGACCGCCAGGGCCCCGAAUCUGACACUGAGCCCUUGGACAGCGAAGCUCGUAGGCGUAUCUUUUUCUCCUCAUCCUCUUCUUCCUCCUCAUCUUCGUCCUCUACGGGAGGCUCAAGGCUCCACCACGGGUCGUUAAAGCAGGGUCACCAUCAUCACAGUAAGCAUCAUCAUCACCACCACCAUCAUCAUCAUCAUCACUCUCCGAGCUCCCACAGCCAAGAGGGGCGGAAACGAGGGCGGCGAAAGCGCAGCUCCUCUGGAGCCAUUCCCAUUAGUGGAUCCCCCAAAAGAAGGGCAUUUCCGGGACUUGGCUGCUCAAGCCAUUCUUCAGGAUCACCACUUAAUAUCAAUUCAAUGGUGAACAACAUAAACCAGCCUUUGGAGAUCUCCGCCAUCUCUUCCCCGGAGCAGUCAGGUCGAAGCCCGUGCGGGACCGAUCUAGAUCAGCCUCCUGUGCUUAAAAGAGAGCGUCCCCUGGAGCUCAACAACACAGGUCUUUAUUCCUCCACCCCUAGUUCAGAUGAAGAGGGCACCAUUUAUGCCCCGGACACCUCUAGCUCAAGCCGAAUUGAGCGGAAAAUCGCCACCAUUUCCUUAGAUCGAGAUGGACCUAUCAGAGAUAUGGAAAGGGGUUUGCAAGGACGUAAAUCAGGUGCCAGUAGCGUGAGCAGUGAGGUAUCAUCUUCCUCCGGAACCGGCAAGUGGAAAUCCACCUUCUCCCCAAUCUCUGACCCCAAGCCAACUCCUCCGGAUCACCGCCAGGGUGGCUCGCCAUUCGGUAUGGGGGCUUCCCGAGGUGGUACAGACUCUGACUCGGACCAGAAACCACAGAAGAGAGGGGAACGUGAGCGUGAGUCUUACGGGAACUCAAACCUCUUCCUCAUUCAAGAUGGCAGUGGUCGCUCGGUCGUCAACACAUUGGAGCGGCCGCUGCAGAAACAUAAACUGCGGGAGUGGGACCUGAAAUCUAUAAGUGGAUUGGCCAGCCAGAACCUCUUUAUAUCUGCUGCGGCCAAUGGAGGGAUCUUGACCGGGAAAGUGGGUGGGGCCUCUACAGUUUCCUCCGCCUCCUCAGUAGGACAGUACUUCCCCCUGAGUGGGGCUUCAGUUCUCCAGUCCUUAUUUGGAGCUCAGCCACCUGGACCAACUACCAGCGGAGCUCCUCGGUUGGUCAACGGACAUUUGGCGCUCAGCAGUUUCUCCAGCGCCGGGCUGGCAGGGGGCGCUGCAGGAGGGAUUUUUCACCACAUGGUGCCUUCAGUCUCCUCACAGCAGUCUGGGGCCAAUCUCCUGGGCCCCGGGGCCCUCAGUUCCCAGCAGAGGCAUCUGGACACGAACCCCAAACCGGGGACCUUGUUCUUGGCCUCUGGCCCCUCACAGCUCAGCCGCACACAGACAGUCCUACACGCGCCCUCCCCGCCUGCCCUCCCUCUGCCCCCUCCCCUCCUGAACGCCUCCUCCGCGGUCCCGUCCCAACCUUCGUCCCCGCGUCCCGAGCGCCAGCAGUCCUCAAGGCUGCAGUCGUCCCACCCUGCUUCCACCUCCUCCCUGUCUCUGAUCACCACAUCUGCUUCCGCCACCUCCUCCGCUUCCUCCCGGCCCUUCACUGUGCACUAUCCCCCGCAUCUGCCUCCCCUGCACCCUCCCGGCAGCGCAGGUUCAGGUGGGGCUGGGGUGUCUUGGAGGACUCUGGGUAUGCAGGCGUCCUACACAGCCUCGCAGAUCCCCAGCAAUCGCCCCAGAUAACACCCGUCUGGGCAUAGGAGGGUGGGGGAAGGGGGGUUAGACUACUACUAGACGGAUACAGGGAAGCUACUGCGCUCUGCCAGCUAUAAUCUCAACAAGGUAACUGAAGAAAUCUACCUCAACCCAACGUAGCCUAUGCAAUGGACAGGUGUGGACCAAUGGGCUCGACUCGCUCAGCGGUGCUCAAACAUUUGCUAAAGCCGCCACUGUAAAACUGAUAUGGGUUUCAGAACUUAUCACAGGUGCAGCUUAACACACACACACACACACACACGCACUGCCCCUGAAUCAGAUUCAGAUUGAUAGUAUGCAGCUUCCUUGUUUUUUCAGAGUGUGACACCAUGUUGGGCUGAUGCUAACAGCCAUCUAUUAAUAAUUGGGAGUUUAACAUGGCCUUACUUGAUGGGUGGUUUACUAAAUUUACAGCCAUCUUCUGGUUGAUUCAUAAUCCUUUCCACAGGAAGUGUCUUAAAAGUCAGGAAUAUCAUUUCAGUUAGUACAGUCUCAAUAGGCCGUACACACACGCACACAAAAAUAAUUUGUGAAUCUCUGUAACCUUGCUGCUGUUAUCAGUGGAAAUUCAUGUGGCUUAUUCGGAUGGACUCCAUGAAGCCCCUGGAGCCUGAUGCUGGGACAUCCCCCUUCCAGUCUGAGCUUGUGCUGUGAACUCAUUGUUUUAGUGAAAUUGAUGAUAACAAAUAGUGGAGUGGUUACUCAUCAUAUUAAUUGUUUGGCUAAUAAGGUGAAAUAUGGAAAACCGCAAGCUCCAGCUGUGUAAGGGGAAUUUCCAAGUGAUAUUUUACCUUAAAAAGAAGACUAUUUAAAAGUAUUGCGUAAUAUUAAAACUUUAAAAGCAAGGAUUUUUUAGUAAUUGUAAAAAAUAGUCAUGACUGUUAAGCACAUUUCCCCAAAAUUAUCAUUACAAUAAUGCAACAAAAUGCAUGUUAUGUACUGGAAUUCAUCUGAAUCUGUUUUAUUAUUACUACAAUUUUAUAUAUAUAUGUAUAUAUAUAAUGCUCCUCGAAUAUCAACGUCAGAGAUAGUUCAGUUUAAAAUACAUCGUUAUAAAUGCUAAGCAAAUAUGUAAAUUAUAUAUAAUUGAGUUAAAUUGCGAUACUAUUUUGCAUUGCAGUACUAAAAAUGCUUAUUGUUUGUGAUAUAUUUUGCAGUACGGUAUUGCAAGUUAAAGGAUUGCCAUGAAAAUCAAGAUACUACAAAAUAAAUAUAUAUAUAUAUAUUUAAGGGUCUUUAAAUGUGCUUUUUUUUAUUAGUAGUAUUUUAUUUGUAUUAUUUUUGGGAGUGAAAUAUGACUAGGGCAUGUUCUUGAUGGGCUUCAUGAGAUACACCGCUUAAUUAAAUGAUUUCAUUAUAUUUACACUGGAUAAUUUACCUGUGGAGCGGUUCAUGACAAACGAAUUAAAACGGCACGUCAUUUUUAAAAUUUAAGCUUUCAUGAAUCAAAGGGAAAAUCUUUUUUUUUUUUUACAUGCAUGUAAACAAAUAUUGUAAUUAAAAAAUAUAUAUAAUUGAAACAAACAAAUGCACCUUCCAGGAAUACACAACUAGAACCCAAUCUGCAGGGAGAGAAGCCGUUAGAAACACAGAAUGAGUGAAAGUCUGUAAAGGAGCCAUUUAAUCAGGUUAGCUACUUUAACUACCAGAUCUUAUUGAAUCACUAUGUUUAGCCUUUGGGGCCCUGUUUUAAUGCUCAAGCUUCCAUGUUCCUAACAGUUACUGCUGAACUUUAAUACAAUGCACAUAUUUUGUUCAAUUGGGUGGCGGUGUCUUACACAGUACAGGCUUAUUCAGGUGAAUCUGGUGCUGACCCAUAUUCCUCGCAGAUUUCAUUACCAAAUCCAAAUUUCUUCAUGGUGCUUUUCGCAACCGGGAAAACCAGCACACGCUUGUACGUACAAACACACACUGAUUCAAAGAUGUACACACACUGGGAAAAUGCAGGAUCACACAACGGCAACAGAAAAACUACUGGGCAACUUCAACUCAUCCUUUUGUUUCUCUUUUAUUCCUUUUGUAUAGGUUUAUUUUCUUCUCUGUACUGUGAAUGGUAGACUCUCUCAGACUGUAUAAUUGUGUAUAUAUUUUGGGUUAUUUAUCAUUUAAAUUGUCUGACUUUUUGUGAUUUUCUUUUGGUUUGCCUUUGCUCUUAUUUUGUAUUGGAGCAGAGCACAACGUGUGCAAAGUGUAUGUACUUGACUCGCAGUCUAAAGAAAAAUGGUGCUAUAAUCUGAACAACUUUAGACUGCUUAUUUAUAUUAAGAUCAUCAACAACAACAAAAUAAAUAAUAAAGAUUCUUGGUGCUUCUUUUACACAGGGAUGUUUUCAAGCCUUUUCCAAUAUUUAUAAUGUAUUAUUUGGCACCCGGCAUGAUCAGUGCUGUUUUUAUAUAGAAGAAACACCUUUUGGUAUAAAUCGAAUUUAAAGAAGCAUGAAAGUACAUUGCAGAACUUUACAGUAGAACUUUUUUUUUUGUUGUUGUUUUCAAGUAUUUACUUCAGUGGUGCUCCUAAAUCGACCUGUGUGACAGGUAGUGAAUGCUUUGAAUUACACACAUGGCACACUGUUGAAACUGGUGUCAUAUGGCAUUUCAUUUCUUAACCUUUUUGGUUUCUCAUGAGGAGAAAAUGUGCUAAUCCUGUUUGCCUACCAUCUUGGGCCCGUACGGCUCGGUGCUGUUUCUUAAAAUCGUCGUUUUCUUCGCAAGUGUAACACAAACCCAUCAUCUUACACAAACUGGUGCUGCUGUUCACAACGAUGUCGAAAAUACCAGUGAGCCCGUACCAAAACCUACAAUCCACUAUCAAAGCCUGUCCGUAGAGUGUGUCGUGUAACUUAGUUUGAGCUUAUUGCAUAUUGUGGUGAUGUGAAGUUGUGCUGAUGUGACCGAUUGUAGAUUUGGCUAGUGUUCUGUCAGUUGGCUAGUACUAGUGGUUGACCGAUAUGGGUUUUCCAAUGACUGUUGGAAUAAUCAAUAGCAUAUAUAGAGAAUAGGGUAAUAUAAUGACGUAUAUUAAAUAUUUGUACAAUAAAAUGGGUAGUGCACCCAAAAAAAGGAAAAAAGACGACUUAUUUACUCACCAUCAUGUCGUUCCAAACCUGUACGACUGUAUUCUGCGGAACACAGAAGAAAAUAUUUAGAAAAAUGUGGGAAAUUGUUUUUGUCCACACGAUGAAAGUCAAUGGGGUCCAAAAUUUGAACCCCAUUGACUUUGAGAGAUUCCCACCUGCCCGAUAUAUCGGUCUAUCGCUAACUGGUACAGCAUUAUAAAAAUGGUCAUUGGCGUGCAACAUCGCCAACUUGAAGACAAAGCAGGAGUGGAUUUCCUCAUUUGUUUUGCAUCCUUAUUUCCAUUUAUUGUGUUUUUGUAUGUGUGUUGUAAGUAUGUGCUCAAGGAAAACUCAACCUCACCUAAGCUUUAGUCAGAAUGCUGUUUAAUAGACUGUGGUGUAUAAUAACAUUAAUAAAAAGAAAAAAAACGUGUAAAUUGUCUUUCUGUCCAAUUAAUAUGAGGACAUUUUGAUGAAAUUGGAUGUUGAGCAGUACAUGAGUACAUUGUGACCAGCACUGAGGGUUAUUAUUUUUUUAUUGGUAGUAAUUAAUAGUCAUUGUUACUGUUGCCUGUUUUAAUGGCCAAUUUAUGUUUUGAUGUCUUUGCGACUGUUUAUCAAUGAUGAUUUUAUGAUUUCAUAAUCCUGACCAUUUGGAUACUCUUUAGAACAUUAAGGUGCUCUCCUACACUUUGUUCAAUGAAAAUGCAGCUAUGAAAUUCAUGCACCUCUUGCAUUACGAGGGGUAAACAUUUUUUAAACGUCAAUGCAAGCAUUGCUUUUUUUACUUCAUUGUGACGUCUCAUUUGAAAUCCGUCCAUCGACGCCGUUUCCUUUUGGUGCGGAAGUUAAACUCUUGUUAAAAUUGAUGUUAAGCUAUUUAAAAGGUAAACCGAUCUAAUUCUUGAUGUUGCGUUUUCUCAGGUACAUGUAUGAGGUUGUGCAUUGCAAAAGGCAACUCGAAUCCUUUCGCAUGUUAUAAAUGGAUUAAAGAAUAUGUUCUGAAUAUGUAAAUUUAGAUAUGUCUAAAUAUGUACAUUUUCUAAUAUAGGCUUUGUCUAGUGUCUCAGGAUCAUCAGUUCUGGCUUUGUUAAUAGUUUUGCAUAUUGAAAGAGAAUGUUGAAAAUAUCGGCUGUCUUCCUAGAUGACCGAUAAAAAUGAGAAUGAAAUUGAUUUACUGUGCAUUAUUUACCUGUGAUAGAGAUUUCCUAUUUUGAAGCCACCCACUUAAAGUUUGUCUGUUGUAAUUGGUGCCUUUUAAGUUAUUAGAAUGAAUUUGUGGUACAUGCAUUCCUAUUCUCAGUUAAAAGCAUUUUAUGCUUUUUCAUAGUUCAGCAGAAAUAUUACAGGAUAAUUGUGCACCAGCAGCAAACUCCUAAGAGUUGUCAGAUUUGUGUCACUGUUUGGUGCUUUUAACUUAAAGACUUAUAAUGACAGUCUAAUUCAGUUACGUUUUUCAAUCUCAGCCUUUUGUUAACAAAGUUAAUAAAGUGUUUCUAAAGAAA